CUAUCAAACGAUUGACAAAUUUCCAUACACACAUUCAUCCAAUACCGUACACGGUUUCAAAGCGGGCACGCACAGCCGCGUUGGAUCGCUAACAGUUAAAGAAGAGAGAAAAUGAUGAAAAUGAUGUAAUUUCUCAGUCUCUGCCCAAGUUUAAGUAUAACACUAGUUUAAAAGUAAUGUGAUAUAAUGACAAUUCAUCUGCUAUCCUCACAGAAUAAUUGGUCAAAUGAAUGAAGUUUGAAAUCGCCGCUUUGAAGUAAUACACAAAAUAUCACGUGACUUCAUUAUGGAAAAUGGCGGCCUCCAAAUUUACAAACAUGGAUUCUUAUUCGCGUAAAUUUGAGGCAUUGAGCACGUGUGUUUGUUUACAUUUGCAUAACUGACUUUUAGAGGUGCCAGUCAUCAAAAUUCGAGGUAUAGAUGCCUGGUAGGGGCAGCCGAGGCCGUGGGAGGCCCCCAAGGUCUGCUACACCAAGAUCUGCUAAUUUUUUGAGAAAGCCAAAGGCUUUUGGAGGUGGAUUUGUUGGUGACAACAGUUCGAGAUCGAGUACACCUGUCAGCAUCUCCCCAGCCUCGACACCAACCAGAAAUAAAUAUGACAAAGGUAGAAGAGAUGCUGCCAAUAGAGGAAGGAGUUUUAUUCAAAAUCUUUUUGAUGAUGAUGAUGAAAUGUCAAGAGAUAGUGCAGGAGCAGGUUCACUCGGACCUGAUAGUGAGAACCUUGACAAUAUGUCAAAUCUUGAUGGAGAUUCAGAUGUUUCAUAUAACGAUGAUGACGACUCAUCGUCAGACUAUAGUGUCGAAAGUAACAGUACAUCUGGGAAGCGGAGGGUAGUGUUUUUCCGUCGCCCAAAAAGUCCAGAUUUACUUGAUGAUAUAGAAAUACCACCAUUAAAUUUACCUCCAAGUUCAACAGACUUAUUAAUGCCAACAGAAUAUUUGAUGCAAUGUUUAGGAAUAUAUGAAAUUUUACGCCAUUUUAGAACUAUUGUUAGGUUAUCUCCUUUCACAUUUGAAGAUUUCUGUGCCUCAUUAUUGGGAGAAGAACAGUGCAGUCUUUAUUCUGAAAUACAUGUUAUGAUGGUAAAGGCUAUACUGAGGGAAGAAGACAGUAACAGUACAACAUUUGGUCCAUCAGACUCAAAAGACAGUAUCAACAUAACCAACUUUUUUAAUGAUGCAAUGACAUGGCCAGAAGUUGCAAGAGCCUAUCUAGAGAGUGAUAAAAACAAUUCUAAUGAUUAUCAGGAUGCAAUAGCUGUACUUGAGUUGCCAGAGUUUCCAUUUGUUAGUGUUUCAGACAAACUGAAAGUGCUUCAGACUUUAACUGACAUUUUCUUGACAACAAAUAAAGUUCGAGAAGAGAUUCUAAAUGAAGGCAACAUUACGUAUGAUGAUCAUUGUCGAGCAUGCCACAAACUUGGAGAUCUGCUCUGUUGUGAGACGUGUUCUGCUGUUUACCAUUUAACAUGUGUAGAUCCCCCACUAGAAGAAGUCCCAGAUGAUGACUGGCUAUGUAGUAUCUGCAGAGCUCACCAGGUUAAGGGUGUUACAGAGUGUGUAUCUGAGGCAGAAAAAGGAGGAUUACUUUGCAGACAAGAUCCUCUUGGUUAUGAUAGACACGGCAGGAAGUACUGGUUUCUUGUUAGACGAAUAAUAAUUGAAGGAGAGAAUGAGGUGUGGUAUUACAGUACAAAGGGUCAGAUUGAAGAGCUCCUGGAAGUGUUAGACCGAACGGUAUGGGAGAGGGAACUCUGCUUUAUACUUAGUGAUCUCAGAGAUGACAUAAGUAGACAAAUGAAAAUUACAGAAAAUCUCACAAGGGAAAAAACAACAAACAAAAAAUCAGCCAUAGAAAUGGAAAUUGCCAAUGUAGAAAAGAUUCAGAGUGAUAGAGCUAAAAGAAAACAGGAAGAGUUAGAACAGAAGCUAAAGGAAGAAGAGGAACGAAAGGCCAGGGAAUUAGAAGAGAGAAAAAAGAGGGAGGAGCAAAAACUGAAUGGUGAUAUUGAAGAACAGAUGGAUACUUCGACAGAAUCUGUAACUGCCUCAUCUCAAAAUGUGACGACAGUGACAGAUAGUUAUGGUAUCACCACAGAAAUCAUCUCUACAAGUGAUAUCGGUAAAGUUGCAUUGACAGAGACUGUCGAAACAACCACAAUUGCAACAACUAUAACCACAAAAACAGUCAGUGUGUCACCACCUAGAGAUGUUGUAGUGAAAACCAUAGAACCUAUGAUUGUUGGUAAUGACAAUAAACCAGAGGAACAACAAACGUCCCGUGAGCCGUCCCCAAAUGGGGACGAGAACAGUACAGAAGUAAAAACUUCUUCAAAUCAAAACGUUGAUAGCUCACAACAAAAUGGCAAUAUAAACACAUCACAGGCAGCAAAACCAACAGAAAAUAAAGUGAUUGUAAUUGGCUCAGAUGGCAAACAGACCCCAGGUAUUAUGAACAUUCAGUCUGUGUGUCCGAGCACAGCUAAAUCGGGUACAACAUUUGUACUGCUCAAUAAGGAAGGAGCUCAGAUGAAAAUAAGUUUAACUCCACGGAAGACGGAGAGUGCAGAGAAAAUAGAAGACAGCAAGGAAGAACAAGAGAAUGGACAACAAAUUGUUGGAAGAACAAUGAUAACAAGAUCCAAAACUGGUUCCCUUACCCCCAAACUGUUCUCUGAUUCUGUGAUGGGAACCACGAUUAAAACUACAACAUCAAAUGUGAAAUCCCUAAAUACAUCAUCAACUGAUGAAGUUCUUAUUAUCAACAAGGAUGGAGAGAUCACAAGAAUUGCUCGUAGCAAACUUGCUUCCACAUCGUCCAUCUUCUCUCAGCAGCAGUACUUUAAACUAGGAAUGGAUGGUAGUUACAAGCAGUAUGUAAACCAGUAUACAACACAGACUCUAGCCUUAAAUAAACAUCAACAUAAUGAAGAGAGGGACAAACGACGUUACCUCUCCCACAAGUUCAGUCUCACGAAUCUCAGUGAGUUUAAAUGGAAUGGUACAACAAAUGGUAACAAAAUCAUGACAGUUUCUACAUUGAGAUUGAGCCUUGCACAGCUAGAGAGCAGUUUGGCCUCACCAUUUCUACACCCAAAUUGGCAGCUACACCGCCAGUCCUGGCUGAAAGCGUUACACCACUGUACAAAACCUGACGACUUUGCUCUAGCCCUGACAAUAUUGGUACAUGUUAUCAAACCAGUACUACUGCUCCCAGUAUGGCAUGAAGCUCUAGGUCACAUCCGCUUGAAACGUAUCACAUCACUGGAUCGGGAAGAAAUGAAGAAAAAAGAAAGAGAACAGAAGAAACUAACAGAGGAGGAGCUGGCUCGCCCUGUUGUUUGGAUUAAAUACACACUCGGACUCAAGCAUCAGGUUUGGAAGCAGAGGGGAGAGGAAUACCGUGUAACAGGUGGUCAUGGUUGGGGCUGGAUUUCGUGUACACGCAGGUCCAAUCCCACGCCACAGGACACAGUUGGGCUUAGGGCUGCUGCCAAAAAACUUCAGAACAGAAAAUACAAGCUUUUAGGAGAUGACAAUUCAGAAGGAGAGAAUCAACAACCAGCAGAAGAAAAACCUAAAGAAGAAAUUGAAAAUAUUGUGAAAGAAGAGAAAGAUUCUUUGAAGGAAGAAAAAAUGGAAACAGACACGGUAGAUGAUAAAACCGAAAAGGACAAUACAGUUACAAAAACUGAAGAAGCUGAUGAGAAUGUCAACAGUGAAACUGAAGUGAAGCAGGAACCUGACUCAGAGACCCAAGUUAAAAGUGAAGUGAAAGAUGAGCCUAUGGAUGUGGAUGACAAGGCAGAUGUGGUAAAAGUUGAGGAUGAUCCAGUGAAAUCUGAAGUGACUGAAAGUAAGGAGGAAGAAGAGGAGAAACAAAACAAUGAAAUAGACAUUGAAAAUGUUUCUCCUAAAAAAGAUGCAAAACCAUUAAGAAUAGCUCAGGGAAAUUUUUCAAAAGCUAACUUAAAAGCAUAUUCAUUGCUGACUAAGAAGUGUGAUGUUGAUCUCAUAGAUGUAAGUAAGGCAAUUAGAGAACACUCAUAUUAUCCAAAAGUGACAAAGCCUUAUUCAAGACUAGAUAACUUACUUGAACGUAGGUUAAAACUAGGUGAAAUAGAAAAGAAGCAGCGGGAAAGUAUUCAGCAGCAGCUUCAGUGGAAAUUGAAGCUUGAGGCAGCUAAACAAGAAAAACAGGAAGUGUCUGCAUCUCCUGAAAAGAAAAUCAUUGCCUUGUCUCGUCCAGAAGUGGUAAACAAACCAGAACCAGCAAAACCACGUAUAAUUCAUUAUGGCUGCUAUUCUCCACUUUGUCAGAUGGGAGAUGUUCUUGGUGGUCAGUGUUACUCGGUGAGGUGUCGCUAUGAAACAGAACAGGAGGAAGAGGAAGAUGAUUUAGAUGUUGAUGAUGCUGGGGAAGUGCAGAUGGAAGUCGAUGAAGAUGAUGAUGAGAAAAUUGAUGAUGAUAAAGAUUCUGAAACAAAGAAAGAAGAUCUUAAUAAAAGUGCUACAGAAGAUGAGGAAGUUGAUGUUAUCGGUGAUAAAGAUGAAACAAACAAAACUGCUGCUGAAAACAUUAACAGUAACAAUGCCAAUAAACCUUCAAAUGCAUCUAAAGUGGUUCAUGUGCCUUUUACAAAAGAGGAAGGGGUGAAAUCCUCCUCAACUAGUGGUGUUUCAGUGAAAACUGGAUUAUUAUCUCCUAGUGCUAAGAAAACUACCACAAUAUCAAUACCAGGAAAUUUAGCUCAGUUGAUAGCUCAGAAAACAGGAAAAAAUCUGACAUACUCUGAAGCCCAGGCUUUUAUUCGCCAGGCUCUAGAAAAAAUGACAGUUGAGGAUAUAAAAGCCAAAAUUCCACCUGUCAGGAAAAUAACAGAUAAAGUACAUUUGCCUAAGAUAACAAAAGGUGGCUUUAAGAAAAAAUCUGCAAAAAAGACUAAUUUACCACCAGCCCAUAAAUUUAUCACUCCAUCUGGUAAAAAAAGUCUUUUUGUGCUAGAGAGAUGGGAGGGCAGAAAGUUGGCAAGAAAAGCAGGAAAAAUUGAAGUGACUGGAUUUAAGUAUGAGUGUAAAAUGAGUAAUGUAAAUUGGCCCUAUCCGUGUCCAAGACCGUUAUUCAAAACUGCAUUCAACUUCCGUCUACAAACUAUAAAAUCUUUAGCAGCAGCAGCUUUACAACUGCGGAUAUUCUGGGCAUGUAUCAGAUGGGAUGAUAUGGCAACAAAGCCCCCAGCUGGUGGGACCAACACUAUAUCCACAGAGACCGAGAUUACCACUACAGAAUUACUGAAGAGGAAAGAUAUUGGUCCAUUUGGUCUCCGAUCAGAAUUUCUGGUUCGCAAGAUCAUUGUUCCUCUUGGAGUUCCCCAGCAGCCUAAAGAAAAGUACACUCCACAAAGGAGUGGUUUGAGAGAGCGUAAAAGAGCAGACUCACCAAGACAGACAGAACCUAGUGUCACAGAAACCUGGGUACCAGAGGAGGUCCUUGAACUUUGGGAAAUCAAAAUGUUUGGAGAAAAGGUUGAGAAACAGAGGGCAGCACUGAAGGAAAAGUUAAGUAGUCAGCAGGCUCAGCAGAAUGCCAGCCAGAUUAAACAACAAAUGGAGGAGCAGUUAAAACAACAGAGAGCUGCCAUGCAACAGAAACGGUUGCUUGAAGCCCAGGGUAAAACAACAGUAACCACACUGACGACAGCAAGUGGCAGUCUCCUUACUUCAGCAUCAGCAGGUACCACAACAGUGCUGAAAGGCCUUUCUUCUCUCACAGCUGGAGGAUCAACUGUAUUGAAGACAUCAGGUGGUAUGACAACUAUACUGUCUCCUGGUAAUCUCAUCAAGAAAAUACAGCAAGUUCAACCAAAAACCACACAAGGAGUGAUAAGUAUUCCUGCAAAUGCAGCCACCGGUGUGAGACCCAUGGUCAAGGUUCAGAUACCCGGUAGCUCAGGUGCCAUCACACUACGUCCAGCUACAUCAGCUGUCACUCUGGCCCCUAAACCCAGUCCCACUGUGGUCAGCACGUCUCCUACUAGUGGUCAGACUCUGACAGCCAUUAAACUAGCCAGUGUAGCAAACCCAGCACCAGCACAGCAAGUUAUAAUGAAAGCUGCGACCAGUACAGCACAAGUACGUCCUGCAACUGCUACACAAGGUGCGAGUGGAGGAGUUCAGAAUGUACAGAUAAUACAGGGCCCAAAUGGUCAGCUUCAAGUGAGGGGACUUAUGCCAGGUCAACAGGUGAUACGUUUGCCAGAUGGUCGUCUACAGUUGAUAACAAUUCCUCAGCAGAAAGUACAACAGCAGGCUACAGCCACGGUCCAGACUGCAACAUCUGGCAUCCAGAUAGCCAAACCUGCUGGUACGGUACAAGUUCCUGUUGCUCAAACCCAGGUCAGACCACAGACUGUCCUUGUAAACAGCUCUGGAACACCAGUUAGUGGACAGCCAGUGGUAUCAGGUGUGACACCCACCAAGAUAAUGGUACCUUCCCAGGGUGGUGUACAGAGUGCAGUGCUUGUUAGUUCCCCACAGUCAUCUGCUGGAACAGUGUCUGUACUCACAUCUGGUGGACAAGGAAUAGCUAGAAUAAUAUCACCUGGAAAAAUAGCUGGUCCUGUCAUACAGAAAGUUGCAACAGGUACCUCAGUUGUACAGGUGAACACCCCUCAAGGUACACGUAUCAUUCGACAAGUCACACCUCAGGUUGUUGUUUCAGCGCAGCAACAGCCAAACUUGCAGCAGAAACAACAACAGUUACAGCAGCAGCAGCAAGUUCUGGCAGCACAACAGGCACAGUUACAACAAGUCAUUCAACAGCAGCAGCUCAAACUUCAGUCCGGGCAGAUAGUGCAGGUAUCUGGUGUAGCUGGUGCAGUGUCUGGAGCUGCUGCUAUUCUGUCCAGUCAGUCUGGCCAGCAGACUAUUACAGUCACGCCUCAACAGUUAGCAGCUCUACAACAACAACAGCAGUUGAAGAUAGUGAAGCCGGGCGACACAGCUUCUCAGCCUAUCACAAUAACGGCCGGAGACCAGCAACCAGCUGGGCAGUCAGGAGGGGCAUCAUUCCAGGAUCAGUUUGUGAAGCAGUUGCAGCAGCCAGAGGCUAAGACUGUGGGCCAGAGUCCAGACAAGUCCCCCACACCAGGUUCCCCACCCCCAGUGGUACCACCAUCACCAGUCAAGUCACCUAUAGCUCUAUCAGCACAACAGAAAUACGCAGUUACACCUCAAGUUGUGCAAGAAGUUGUACGACAAGCACUGAUGCAGAACCAGACCCCUGAGAUCCAAGCAAAACUUCUCGCUAUGCAGAAACACAUGGUACAACAGAAACAGGAUGACAUCAAGAGUAUCAUGCCUGCUGCCACUCUGAUCUCACAAGUUGGCAGACAGGAAGUGGUGAGGACUGUGGAGAGUCAGGAAGUCAAGAAUGCCAAACAGAAACCACCUGCCAUACUUACACCAGAACAGAAAGAAACACAUGCCAGGAUAGCAAUAUGCAACCAGGUAUUGAAGGGAAUCCUCGACAAGAUAGAGAGGGAAGAGAGAAAAGAACAAAAACUUCAGAAGAAGGCAGAAUCUGCCGAGGAGAAACAAAAACGUCUUGCUGCCACCAAGGUUCAGCAGACUCUGUUCAAACACAAGGAAGCAUUGAAAAAGGAAAUUCAGAGAAAACGGACUCUUAAUGAAAGAAAUAUGCAACUUGAAAUACAGGCUGAGAUUCAGGAAGCAAUGAAGACACAUCAAACAAGUCGAAAGAAGGUGGUACCAGUGCGACAGACGGUGGUACCAGCGGCAAUGAUCCUGCAGAAACGACAGGAGGAGAAUGUUAGACAGCAGAAUAUACUGCCACCCAUGCCUCCUUCCAGUGCUCAGGUUGCUGAAGCAGCUAGAGCCAAGAAGAAGAAACAAAAGAUUAUAUCUACAGGUGUGAGGGAGAAAAGUCUCAACCCUAAACGCAAACUCUACUGUGUCUGUAAAACACCGUAUGAUGAGUCAAGAUUCUACAUUGGUUGUGAUCUAUGUUCAAACUGGUAUCAUGGUGAAUGUGUGAACAUAAGUGAACAACAGUCUAAAUAUAUUGAUGCAUUCGUAUGUGACGACUGUAAGAAACAACAGGAGACUGCCACAGAGGAGCUUUACUGCCUCUGUAAAACACCUUAUGAUGAAUCCAGAUUUUAUGUAGGUUGUGAUCGCUGCCAGGACUGGUUCCACUGUGAAUGUGUGGGUAUCACACAGAAGGAAGCUGAUGAUCUCGACUCGUAUAUAUGUCCUAACUGUCAACGCUCUGACCAGCAAGAUCCCAUCAACCUGAAGGAACUUACAGACAGAGACUACGAUCUUCUCUACAGACUUCUGCGCAGUCUUCAGUCACACAAGAUGGGCUGGCCAUUCCUGGAACCUGUAGAUCCAACCGAAGUGCCUGACUAUUACACUAUAAUCAAGGAUCCUAUGGAUCUAUCUCAAGUAGAAGCGAAUAUGGAUGCACAUCAGUAUAGAAGACUGUCAGACUUUAUCAAGGAUGUAACUAAAGUGUUUAACAACUGUCGCUUGUAUAAUCCUCCAGACACUCCAUUCUUCCAGUGUGCUGAGGUUCUUGAAACAUUCUUUGUUCAACGACUGAAAGCCUUAAAAGAUAAAUUCUUACAUUCUUCAUGAGAAGUUGCCAGUAUUAGUCUGUAAUUUGAAAGCCUGCUGAUAAUGAUGUGUAAAACUGGAUAACAUUUGUGCAGAAUAAUCUGUAAUCUGAUAUAAUAUAAUCAGAUUUGUUCAGAUAGUCAGCAUGUUCACAAAGGUUUCAUAACUUGGAAGUAUUGAACAUUGUAACUCAUACAUCAGAUAUAUUCAUGUUGACAUGUUUGAAGUAUCUGUUAACAUUCUAUAUGCUUGUUCUGUUGACAUUGUGGUGUCCAGGCUUACCAUACUGUCAAACUGUAAACACUUGUGGGAUAUUAUAGUAACUGAUAUACAGUUGGACCUGCCUUUGCAGUCGCUGGUAUCAAGCAGCCAGUCAGUUUUAAUUCUCAAAUAUAUUUUUUUGUUCUAAUUUCAAUGGCAGCCAUCUGCCUUGAACAGUCACUUUGUGUUGCUCCAUUUAUUAGCUGUCUAAAACAUGUUUGACUAUAUGAGCCAUGCCAUGGGAAAACCAAUAUAGUGGCUUUGUGACCAGCAUGGAUCCAGACCAGCCUGCACAUCCGCGCAGUCUGGUCUGGAUCCAUGCUGUUCGCUAACGGUUUCUCUAAUUGCAGUAGGCUUUAAAAGCGAACAGCAUGGAUCCUGACCAGACUGCGCGGAUGCGCAGGCUGGUCUGGAUCCAUGCUGGUCGCAAACCCACUAUGUUGGUUUUCUCAUGGCACGGCUCAUAUAUUAAUUUUUUGUUGAUUAGAGUAUACCUAUGCAUGAAGGAUUAUCAGUUAAUCUCAGUGGAAAAAACACAUGAUUGGAAAUCAUCUGUGUAUGAAUUGAGUUAGAGUAUUCGCUGAGACAGUUGUAAAAUGUUGACUUGAGUAGGAAAUAUUCACUGAGAGAAAUGUAAAAUGUUGACUGGAGUACAAAAUACUCCAUGAAUAUAAGGAAUAUAAUGUUUUUCUCAGAUCCAUUGAGUGCUGAAAAUGACUACGGGCGUAUAUGGCAAUAUUGUGUUUGUUAGCUAUUCAAUAUUGGUGAUUGUUGUUUUAUCUUAGUCCGUGGUUAGAAUAAAUUGUCAUAUUGUACAUAUACAUUAUUUAUUUUCAUAUUUUGCAGAUCAAAUUUUCUCAUGUUAUUUUAAAAAUACCAGUAUGUUAUUCUUUUAAAAUAAAUGUAAAUUAAUCCUCUAUGCUUCUGGUAAUUGAAGGCUGUUGUUAAAUAUUUGUACAGAGUUUGUGUGUAGGUGGGUUGUAGAUCUUGCACGGAUUGGUCCGUUUAGUCUGGUUGCACUAAAUACUGUUUACAGAUUUUAUUUUCUUGAAAGCUUAGGUCAAACUGGUUAACAGUUGCAUAUAAACCACCCAGAUGAUUUACUAUACUAUCUCUUUAGUGAAAUCUCGAGACCCUUGAUAAAUGGCAGCAAAAAAUCAAUUACUACGAUAAGGCAAAGGAGUUUUAAUCAAAUUAAGGUAUCAGUUGAUAAUCUUAACAUAAGGUGUGGUAGUUGUUUAAAUGAAUGAACUUUUUACAUAAAAAGUGAUAUUCAGUCAAUUUUAAAGGUCAGUGUGUGUAAUUGUCACAAUAUGUUAAAAAGGAGCAGGCAGCACUUUGGUGUUAUAAAUCAGAAAUCUGCUUCAAUGUUGGCACACUGUGAGUAAAACCGUACCUGUAGUAAAGGUAGGUGUUCAAUGAGAAAUAAUUAUACAUGGGCUAUAUCAUUUGAAAUAAAUUAGAAAAAAAGUGAUUAACCCUUAGCCUGCUGCAGGCGAAUUUAACAGCCAUGGCAAACAGCUUGGAACCAGAUCAGACGCCGAUUAAAUCGGCGUCUGAUCAGGUUCCAAGCUGUUUGCUACUCUGACAAUAUUUCUUCCAAUUUUGGAGCAAAUUGAAUGAACUUUACAAUUUUAGCAGACGACAUUUCCAGCAGACGACAAUUUAUCUAGCAUGCUAAAGGUUAAGCAUUUUUAAUAUCAAAAGUAUUUCAGAUGCCUUCAGUUUUGUUAUAGUAAAUGAAACCUGUGAGGAUAGGUUCUAGACAUACCUGUUUAUAUUCUUAAGGAUUCUUUACCUGAUAAAGAUCAUGAUCAAGUAUGCUUGCACACAUCUUCAGUCUUCAUAUUGUUUGUACAUGAAAUCAUUAUAGAUUCUUCCAUCUCUUCCUAGAUAUAUAUCAGAUGUAUAAAUAAAACCAGUAGAGUUA